AUAUUAGAAUUUUAUUCUUUCGAUAACAUUCCCUUAAAAGUCAGAAUUAAAAGGGAGAGCAACUGGACCAUUCACAAACCUAAUUGUGUUACAGAUCAAAGAUGAAGUUUAGCUUUCUUUAUGUUCUUAUCGGAGUGAGCCUUUGGUGGGACUUUACGGAGUCGGCCUGUGAUGAUAAAUUUAAGGUGUACCCCCACCACACCGCGUGUCUUCCCCGUGCUCCGAAUUCUAGCCCAGGAAUCGUGAGUUCGCAGGAAGCGCUUGCCGCCCACAACAAAUACCGAGGAAUGGCAGUAUCUAAGAACGGCGUACAAAACAUGCUUAAGAUGGUCUGGGACCCGGAAGUGGCAAAGAUUGCGCAAAGAUGGGCGGAAAACUGUAAAACGGAACAUGACGGAAACCGAGAACGGUUUAUUCCAGGUCGAUUCACGCUGGGACAGAACCUUGCCUACAACCAUUUUGGUUCUAUGACGUGGGACGCCGUGGUCAAACUUUGGUACGACGAGGAAAAAGAUUUCGUGUAUGGUGGAAACACAAACGACUAUAUGAAAAUUGGCCAUUAUACCCAGUUGGUCUGGGCGGAAUCUUACGUUCUCGGCUGUGGCUACAGUGUUUGCAAUGGUACCCACUUCUACGUCUGUAACUACGGUCCGGCAGGCAACAGCCCCUCUAGCCGACUGGGAACCCCCUACGAGAAGCAUGGCGCACCUUGUAAGUCCAGCGACGGAAACGGUUUAUGUGAAUGCGGUACAACGAUUUGUGAAGCAAAUGCCAAGAAGAAUCACACUACCUGUGAAUGCUCCUGUCCAGGUACAAAUGUCUAUACGGGCAAAAAGUGCGAACUGACUUGCAGUGGACAUCAGGACCCCUCUUACUGUGCUUUGUCCUACACCAAGGACAAAUGUAUUCGGCUCAGUAACGUGGCGUUUGAUUGUCCGGUUCUGUGCAACGUUUGUCCUUAUGCAGAGAAAUCAUACAAAGAGGGAAGUACAGUUCCAAAGUGCGUGAAAAUUGGCGGAUGUGCCAGUAACUCCAACGGAUCUAAUGGGAGCGGAAGUUCUAAUACUGGAAGCGGAUCAAAUGGGAGCGGAUCAAAUGGAAAUGAUGGCGCACGACUUGAAUCGCAUAAUGUACUUAUGUUUGUUACACUGUUGUUUACAUUUUUCGUGGCAUACAACUGAAAAACAUCUAUUAUUAAACUGUCAAUAGAUAUUAAUAUUGUUACUGUUUUUGAAUCCUUUAUACAGUUUUAUCUUUCAUGCAAUAAAUAGUGAUACCCGUA